UCGGCCCAGGCAUCGACCCGGGAGGAGUCGCGAUCCGGGCUGCUGUCCGCCGGGGCAGUGUCGGCGCCUCCGGCUGCGGAGCACGGCCGAGGAGGCGCAGCCCCCGGGACCCCGAGACCUGGGCGAGAUCCGCCUCCUGGAGACUCCACCCACCCUUGGGGAAGAGCCCAGAAAGAAGAUAUGGCUAUUGGACAGAGAGAAGCAAGGUCUCGAAUGUCAGUGACCUUCGAGGACGUGGCUGUGCUCUUUACGCGGGAUGAGUGGAGGAAGCUGGGUCCUUCUCAGAGACACGUGUACCAGGAAGUGAUGCUGGAGAACUACAGUAACCUGGUCUCCUUGGGACUCCUGUUUUCCAAACCAAAAGUGAUCUCCCUGUUGCAGCGAGGUGAAGAUCCCUGGAAGGUGGAGAAAGAAAGUCCUGGAGGCCCCUCCCUAGGAUGGAAAAGCAGUCACAAAACCACGAAGUCAACUCAAACGCAAGAUUCUUCUUUUCAGGAGCUGAUAAUGAGAAGAUCCAAAAGGCAUGGACCCUGGGACUUUAAAUCAGAAAAAUCCUGCAUUUAUGAAGACAGGUUAGAGAAAAAGCAGGAUAAAAAAGAAAGUAUUCAGGCAGUUUCAGUCACCCACAAAAAAAUCCUCACUGUAGAAAGAAGCCAUAAAAAUACAGAAUUUGGCCAAAACUUCAGCCCAAAGUCAGUCCUUAUUAGGCAACAGAUGGCUCCCAGAGAAAAAACACCACCAAAAUGUGAAAUACAAGGAAACAGCUUCAAACAGAAUCCAUAUUUGCUUAACCAACCAAAAAUCAACACAGCAGAGAAACGCUAUAAAUGUAGCAUAUGUGAGAAAACCUUCAUUAACACUUCAUCCCUUCGCAAACAUGAGAAAAACCACAGUGGAGAGAAAUUAUUUAAAUGUAAAGAAUGUUCAAAAGCCUUUAACCAAAGUUCAGCUCUUAUUCAGCAUCAAAUAACUCACACUGGAGAAAAGCCCUACGUCUGUAAAGAAUGUGGGAAAGCCUUCACUCUUAGUACAUCCCUUUACAAACACCUAAGAACCCACACUGUGGAGAAAUCCUAUAGAUGUAAGGAAUGUGGUAAAUCCUUCAGCAGAAGGUCUGGCCUUUUUAUACAUCAAAAAAUCCAUGCUGGAGAAAACCCCCAUAAAUACAAUCCAGGUAGGAAGGCAUCCAGCACAUCCCUUUCUGGGUGUCAGAGAACUCAUCUCAGGAAGAAGUCCUAUUUAUGUAAUGAAUGUGGCAACACCUUUAAGUCUAGCUCAUCCCUCCGUUACCAUCAGAGGAUUCACACAGGAGAGAAGCCUUUUAAGUGUAGUGAGUGUGGGAGGGCCUUUAGUCAGAGUGCCUCUCUCAUCCAGCAUGAGAGGAUUCACACUGGAGAGAAGCCCUAUCGAUGUAAUGAAUGUGGAAAAGGUUUUACUUCCAUUUCACGACUCAACAGACACCGAAUAAUUCAUACUGGUGAGAAGUUUUAUAACUGUAAUGAAUGUGGUAAAGCCUUAAGUUCCCACUCGACGCUCAUCAUUCAUGAAAGAAUUCACACGGGGGAGAAGCCGUGUAAAUGUAAAGUGUGUGGGAAAGCCUUCCGACAGAGUUCAGCUCUCAUUCAGCAUCAGAGGAUGCAUACCGGAGAAAGACCCUAUAAAUGCAACGAGUGUGGGAAAACCUUUCGGUGUAACUCAUCCCUCAGUAAUCAUCAGAGAAUUCACACGGGAGAGAAACCAUAUCGGUGUGAGGAAUGUGGAAUAUCUUUUGGCCAAAGCUCAGCUCUCAUUCAGCAUCGGAGGAUUCACACAGGAGAGAAGCCCUUCAAAUGUAACACAUGUGGGAAAACUUUUAGACAGAGCUCAUCACGUAUUGCCCAUCAGAGAAUUCAUACUGGAGAGAAACCCUAUGAAUGUACUACAUGUGGGAAACUUUUCAACCACAGGUCAUCUCUUACUAAUCAUUACAAAAUUCAUAUUGAAGAGAACCCCUAGAAAGUAGAUUUGCAUGUGUGAAAGCCUUAAACCAAAGCUUAUCAGAAUACACGAGUGAUACAACAAAUGUAAUGGAUAGGAAAAACCUUUCUGUAAUGUAGGGCUCAUCAGAUAUCAGCUUUCAAGGAUAAACCUUGACUAUAUAAUAGAUAAUGAGGAAAGUAGAAAAGUGUACAUGCCUGUUAGGUACUUUUGAAAAUAACCCAAAAUGAAAAUUUCACAAUUGGAGACAAUGACUCUGGGCAUUUGUAAAAUAAUUGUUCUCUUUCUACAGCAGUGUACACGAGAUACCAUAUGUGAUUAUCAUAAAUAUCUGGGUGAAGGGAGGUGUACACUGGAUUUCUCAUUAAAAAGAAACAUAAAUUGGUAAUACUUUUUUUUUACAACUAACAUGUAGUAGCAUAUAAAAGACGUGAUCAAAUUAUACACUUUUAGAGAAAAGGACCAAAUAAAAGAUUUUUUUAAAAAUUAGAGCUACGAACUACCUCUCUCUUUCUGGGGUUUGUCCUUUUCCUGACCUGAUGUCAAACUCUGUGCAUGGUUUCAUUUAAAAAUAGAAAUAAAAGUCUGUUCUCUUCA